UCAGAGUUGAAAUCCCUUAACUCUUGCUAUUGAGAAUCGGGGUCCAGUGUACCCUCGGUGGGUGUGAAACAGCAGAAAGCAGGGGGGAAAAUCCCCUUUGGCUGCCGUUAUACUUUAAUUGUUGAGUACAAAGCAGAAAAAAUGGCUAAAGGACAGUAGCCGACAGAGACGGUCACGGUCACAUUGCCGAGCUCCGAAGGCUAUCCAGCCAGCUGAUAGCUUGUCAACCAGCUCCAGCCGAUAUGUUUGUGCAGGAGGAGAAGAUAUUCGCUGGGAAGGUGCUGAAAAUCCAUGUCUGUACUAUGGAAGGCACGGAAUGGCUGGAAGAAGUGUCGGAGGACACCACCAUCGAGAAACUCAAAGAGAAGUGCUUGAAACAUUAUGUACACGGAAGUCUAGAGGAUCCAAAGACUGUUACACACCACAAACUCAUCCAUGCUGCUUCAGAAAGGGUCCUUACUGACACCAAAACUGUUGUGGAGGAAAAUAUCAAAGAUAAAGAUGUCCUGCUUUUGGUGAAGAAGAGGCCUCCCCCAACCCCUCCAAAGAUGACAGAGGUCUCUGCUGAUGAGAAGAAGAAGCCAGACACCAAGGCUCCGGACAAAGACGCCAUCCUGAAAGCGACGGCGGGGCUCAGCACGCUGCACACGGACCGUGCCGUUGCCUCGCAUAACGUUCGAGAUUUCCAGACAGAACUUCGGAAGAUCCUUGUCUCGCUGAUUGAGGUGGCGCAGAAGCUAUUGGCCUUGAAUCCGGAUGCAGUGGAGCUUUUCAAGAAGGCUAAUGCCAUGCUGGAUGAAGACGAGGAGGACAGAGUGGAUGAGACCGCUCUCCGGCAGCUGACUGAGAUGGGCUUUCCAGAGAGCCGUGCCGUCAGGGCACUGCGUCUGAACCACAUGUCUGUGACCCAGGCUAUGGAGUGGCUGAUUGAGCACAUAGAUGAGCCCACUGCUGACAGCCCCUUGCCAGGCCAGGACACCCUGGGGGCGGCGGCAGCAGCGAUGGCUGCUCCUCUCCCUUCAAUGCCAGCCUCCCCGCAGUGUGGCACGGGGGAAUCGAAGCAGGACGAACUCACCGAGGUCUUCAAGAGGAUCCGCAGGAAACGGGAGUUCAGGCCCGAUGCAAGGGCGGUUGUAGCACUGAUGGAAAUGGGCUUUGAUGAGAAGGAGGUGAUUGAUGCCCUCCGUGUCAAUAACAACCAGCAGGACGCAGCGUGUGAUUGGCUGCUGGGUGACAGGAAGCCCUCCCCAGAAGACCUUGACAAGGGCAUUGACACCAACAGUCCCUUGUUCCAGGCUAUUUUGGAGAACCCUGUGGUGCAGCUAGGCCUGACUAACCCCAAGACUCUGCUUGCAUUUGAGGACAUGCUGGAGAACCCUCUGAACAGCACCCAGUGGAUGAACGACCCAGAGACUGGGCCUGUCAUGCUCCAGAUCUCCAGAAUCUUCCAGACUCUGAACCGCACGUAGGGCCCGCAGGGGUGACCCAUGGGAAAGGAAGAGUGGAGGCAUGUCAGUGCUGGGUCAUAACAGAGUAGCGUGGCUCAUGGCUUUUGCUCAUAACGGAGUAGCGGGUGUGUGUGUGUGUACAUGUGACUUUAAUGUCAUGUUGCCUUGUGCAGUUAACAUUAGGGGAUGCGGGAAAACAACUACAAAACAGUGGUCUAAAAGUUGAAAUACCUAUUUAUAACGCAGGACAACUUUUUAAACAAUGUAAACGUUAAUAUAAUUAUUGUUAGUUUUUUUACAUUUUAAGAAUUAAUAGAAUUAAUUUUAAUUUAGCAUAUUUUAUUUAUUUCCUCAUCUAAAACAUCAGUCAUCAAGCAGAUGUUUACACUUUCAUAAGGGUCUGUUUGUUCAGCGGUGAUUAUUAUUUACCGCAGUUAGUUUUUCUCAAUCAUUAUUUUACCAAAAAAAUCACAAGAGCCGAGUUCUGGCUCAAAGCUUUCAUUAGAAGCAUAGGUGCCGAACCUUCCCAGUGCAGUUUUCAGGUGAGAGGUUAGUCUGAGCACCUGCAGACAUCUGGCCAAGCCUGCAUCAUAGAACUCAUGUAAAACCUGAAAGAUGACCAGCAAUGGCCACUAACAGCCCAGGUGAGGCUACCUACAGUGGGGUGUGGUAGCAACCGUAGACAGAUCAACAGAUGAACUCUUUUUACAUGCACAGUUUAAAGAAUCUUCAGAAACACAUGAAGAUGGGUCAUCAAAACCCUUCCUUAACCAUCUGCUGAUCAUUUGGGUUGUGGUCCCAUUUAGUUUGAAUUAGUUUUUUGGGUUUUUUUUUCCAGUUCCCUGUAAGGAGGCAAAUUGCAGUAUUGAAUGUAAAACUGCAGUUGAUUGAUCACUAUAGUAAGUGGAUGCCUUCUUCAGAUGGGUGCGUGUUCACUUGGUGGCUGAAGAUGGCAUCAUCUAUAGCUGCUACGCUUAUAAAUUAAAAAUGUACCAUGGGCUCAUGAGUCAGAGCCGUAAAAUAAGAAGAGCAGAGUGGAUAUAAUUCCUGCGAGCUGUAGGGAAUAUGGUGGCUUUGUCUGAGCCGACUUACUACAUAUUUAGCUCAUUGGCAAUUUAGGUAUAAUGGUCAUAUCAAUAAAAUAGAGAAAACUUGUUUAAAAUAUAGGUAUUUAAAUUUCUUAAAAAGCUCUGGGAAACAGCCAUAGUUAUGGCAAAUAUGGCCGGCUCUUACCUCACGAUUUCUUAAUACAACACGUAAUAUUAAGGAGAAAAGAAGCUGGCUGAAGAGAACAAACGCAAGUGAACUGACUUUGGGUGCUGCCGUUAUUUUGAUUGUUUUUGUUUUAUUUUCACAUUAGUGUUUCUGUUACAGAAUGUGCAGAGGAAUAGCCAUCCAUCUAUUGCCCCCAUAUUUGGUAUGUGAGCAGCACAGAUGGCAAACCAAUAAACACCUUAUAGCAGAUCGGAUUCCCUCCCUGGGUCAAGAGACAUUAGAACGUUGCAAAACUUUUGAAAUCGAUUUUGGAAAUACUUGUACUUUUACGUAAUCAUGCACAAAUAUUUGUUAGAAUUCUGCUUGCCAUGCCUCCAUUUCCUGGUUCAUUUCUGUUGACUAAUGUCUCGGAUGUUUGUAGUGGUCAAAGGAAAAUGAAGUGGUUGCUAAUAUUUGAAGCAAACAAAGAAUGUUUAGGGAAGCAGCCAAAGUCUUUAGUAUGGUUGGCUGCAAAUUUUGAUGAAAUUUGGAAUUAUUUUACUAGAGCUAAUUGCCUGUCUAGAUUGACAGUAUGGUAGGACAGUGUCAUUGGCGUCAUCGUCAUCAUGAAUCACCACACAGUUCAAACAUUUGACAAUGCAAUAGGCUUGUCAAUAGUUUGUUGCACUAAAAACGCCUGUCUGUAAAGUUAAAUUUCACAGUUACGAUAGUUUUCACAACAUAAAACUUUUCCUUUGAUUUUACAAAUAUGAAGCUGUCAUCGUUCACCUUCAGUUUGGUGUGUUGAUGUUUUGACGUUCUGUACGCCAAACCAAAAAAGCUUUGUCUUUACACUCAA